AGUCCCGCCCUUCCAGAAUUCCCAGGGUUUCUCGGCCGCGGCGUGGUCGGGAAGUCAUUGUUGGAGAGGAGUGCCUCGUGUUUGCAGAACCGGAGAACUUCUUUAAGCUGCAGUUGCUGUGCUCGCCUCCUAGGACAUUCAGCAGCUCGUCCUGUCCCCUGCCAGGUCUCUGUUUACUCCAACAAAACUGCAUAACUAUAAAUCAACUGUUAAGAGUCCUGAAUGGAAAAGGCCAAGGAGUCUCAAGGAUCCAGUGACAUUUCAAGAAGAGUUCCAGUAUUUGAAACUGGGAGAAGAGCAUCAAAAAGCAUGAGUGCUUCUCUGGUAAACACUCCUCAGGGUCCAAUAACCUUCAAGGAUGUGGCUGUGGAAUUCUCACAGGAGGAAUGGGAAUGUCUCAGUUUUGCUCAGCGGACACUGUACAUGGAUGUGAUAUUGGAGAACUACAACAAUCUAUUGUUUGUGGGAAAUCACCUCGGAAGACAUCAGAAGGUCUUAGAUCAAGACACAGAGUGCAAUGUCCAUGAGCAUGUGAAUAUGCAAGAGAAGUCUUAUAAAUGUAAUGAGCUCAGCAAAAUGAUUAAUGAAUCCACCCAAAGUACACCUGAUAAAACUAACCACAGAGAUGCCUCACUUCAAUCCUCAAACCUGAAAAGACUUAAAACUAGGAAAACAAAAGAAGUUUCUAAAUAUAAAGACUGUGUAAAGUGUUUAAAAGAGUGCUCUAUCAUUAAUCUAAAUCAAGGACUACAUAUAGGGAAGAAAGAAAAUAACAAUAAAGAAUUUGAUAAGGAUUUUGCAUCUAAACAUAAACUUAUGCUGAAACAAAACAAUAAUGGUAAGAAGCUUUACAAAUGUAGUGAAUGUGACAAAUGCUUUACCCACAAAUGCAAUCUUCGUAGUCAUCAGCGAAUUCAUUCAGGAGAGAAACCUUUCAAAUGCAGGGAAUGUGACGAAUGUUUUACCCAACAAUCCAAUCUCCGUAGUCAUCAGCGAAUUCAUACAGGAGAGAAACCUUUCAAAUGCAGUGAAUGUGACAAACGCUUUACCAAAAAAUUCAGUCUUAAAGUUCAUCAGAGAAUUCAUACAGGAGAGAAACCUUUCAAAUGCAGUGAAUGUGACAAAUGCUUUACCCAAAAAUGCAGUCUUAAAAUUCAUCAGAGAAUUCAUACAGGAGAGAAACCUUACAAAUGCAGUGAAUGCGACAGAUGUUUUCCUGACAGAGGCAGUCUUAUAAUUCAUCAUGAAACUCAUACAGGAGAGAAACCUUUCAAAUGCAGUAAAUGUCACAAAUACUUUACCCAAAAAUGCAGUCUUAGAGUUCAUCAGCUAAUUCAUACAGGGGAGAAACCUUACAAAUGCAGUGAAUGCGACAGAUGCUUUACCUAUAAAACCAGUCUUAAUUUUCAUCAGAGAAUUCAUACUGAACGAUUACCUUACAAAUGCAGUGAAUGUGAUAAAUGCUUUGCUGACAAAGGCGGUCUUAGAAUUCAUCUCAGAAUUCAUAUAGGAGAGAAACCUUACAAAUGUAGUGAAUGUGACAAAUGCUUUACCCAAAAAUGCAAUCUUCGUAGUCAUCAGCAAAUUCAUACAGGAGAUAAACCUUACAAAUGCAGUGAAUGUGGUGAAUGCUUUACCCAAAAAUCCAAUCUUCGUAGUCAUCAGCGAAUUCAUACUGGAGAGAAACCUUACAAAUGCAGUGAAUGUGACAAAUGCUUUACCCAAAAAUGCAGUCUUAGUGUUCAUCAGAGAAUUCAUACAGGAGAGAAACCUUUCAAAUGCAGUGAAUGUGACAAAUGCUUUCCUGACAGAGGUGGUCUUAUAAAUCAUUAUAAAAUUCAUACAGGAGAGAAGCCUUACAAAUGCAGUGAAUGUGAUGAAUGCUUUACCCAAAAAUCCAAUCUUCGUAGUCAUCAGCGAAUUCAUACUGGAGAGAAACCUUAUAAAUGCACUGAAUGUGACAAAUGCUUUACCCAAAAAUGCGUUCUUAGUGUUCAUCAGAGAAUUCAUACAGGAGAGAAACCUUACAAAUGCAGUGAAUGUGACAAAUGCUUUCCUGACAUAGGCGGUCUUAUAAUUCAUCGUAAAACUCAUACAGGAGAGAAACCUUACAAAUGCAGUGAAUGUGACAAAUGCUUUACACAAAAAUCCAAUCUUCUUAGUCAUCAGCGAAUUCAUACAGGAGAGAAACCUUACAAAUGCAAUGAAUGUGACAAAUGCUUUAGCCACAAAUGCAAUCUUCAGAGUCAUCAGCUAAUUCAUACAGGGGAGAAACCUUACAAAUGCAGUGAAUGUGACAAAUGCUUUACCAACAAAUGCAAUCUUUAUAAUCAUCAGCUAAUUCAUACAGGGGAGAAGCCUUACAAAUGCAGUAAAUGUGACAAAUGCUUUACCAACAAAUGCAAUCUUCAUAGUCAUCAGCUAGUUCAUACAGGGGAGAAACCUUACAAAUGCAGUGAAUGUGACAAAUGCUUUAAGCACAAUUUUAGUCUGAAGUGUCAUCAGCGAAUUCAUACAAGAGAAUAACCUUACAAAUGCAGUGAAUGUGACAAAUGCUUUACUGACACAGGCAGUCUUAGAAUUCAGCAUAGAACUCAUAUAGUAUAAAUACCUUACAAAUGCAAAUCUCUAUGCUACAGAAUUAUUAUAAGUAUGCAAAACUUGUGAAAAUCUUCAUGCCAUGUUCAAAUCUUAGAUAAUGUGACCUAUUUCUGUGGGGAAAUACUCUGAAAAUGUGACAAUAUAGGAAAGUUUUACUUCUUCACCCUCAAAUAUUAUAAGAUAAAGACCAAGUAGCGAAGCCAGAAGAAUAUAGUAUUUUUAUAGAAUAUCACUUUCCUUGAAACUGAAAUAAAUGAUUCAAAAGGAAACCUAAUUAAGGUAUGUAAUCCAAGUUUCAAACUGUUUAAUUACUGACUGCAUUCUUUAUAUUUAAUUCACAUUAAGAAAUUCAGACAAAUUAUACAUAAAAGAGGAUUUGAUACACUGAGCCACCUAAGGAAAUAGGAUGUUCUUUAUCCUAUAGAGAAGCCUACAUGCCUGGGCAGUGGUGGUUCAUGCUUUUAAUCCCAUCACUUUGAGGGCAGAUGCAGGCAAAUUUCUGAGUUCCAGGCUAGCCUGGUGUACACAGAGAAACCCUUUUCAGAAAACAAAAAAAUUAAAAAAAAAAUAAAGAUUCCUAAAGAUAUGCUUGGAAUAUCCAGUAUUCAUAAUCUCUAUCAAACGCUGGUUUAAGUUUUAGGAUAACAAUUUACUAUGAGUCCCUCGAACUCUCAUCAAAAAGAUCUUCCACAUUGUCCUGUAAGUAUAUCCAGUAAAGCUCAUUGAUUAAUCCAGUUUGACCUUUUAUUUUUCCGUUUCCACUUGGGAUCUUAGAUGAAUAUAUGUUAUGUCUCUCCAGGAAAUAUCUCUCAUGAAGCAUAUAAUAGAGACAUCACAAUUUUCUGCAAAUUUGUAGCAUGAACUUAAUACUUGUGAUUUUAAGUGUGUGGAUAACAACUCCUUUGGAGGGUGAAAUGACCCUGUCACAGGGAUUGAUUAAAAGCAAAUGAAACAUGUACUUCCAAAGUCUUAGGAUUGAAAAAUCAAUCCUUUGACUCUCUGUGAGUCUGCCCACAUGAAAAUAAUUUGGAUUGUAUGUUACUUUUAUAAACAAGGAAACACUAGGAAAAGUUUAGGAAAGUUGGAAACACUGUAUUAGAGAUGAUGAUUUGUGUUAUGUAAAAUUUUGUUCCAAGGAGCAAGCUUACAGCCAUAGUACUGCUAGGUUUAUUUAAUAAUCCUUGAAACAGACAAUGGAGAGAUGUUUACAGCCUCAACAAUAAGUCUCCUCUUUUUCAUGAAUUCGUGGUAAUAUGAGAGAAAAAUUUACCAAACAAAUAAUAAUAUGACUCCCUCAUUUUCAGUGAUAUACAUACAUAUUGUGCUGUGUAACUGCCUGUCUCUAACUCUUUAAUAGCAUUUGAUUGAGGCAAAUUCCAAUAAAACCCAGAACAAUGCUACCUACUGGCUCAUACUACAGAUCUUUAUGGUGCCAUGUCUUGUUGUGUCUUAAGACUCCAACACAAGAAAUCUAUUAGAUUCCAUUAUUUUUCUUAAGUCAUUUCCAGCAGGCUGAUAUUUUAUACAUUACUCCUUAUACAUCCUGAAAAAUUACUCAACUUACUAUCAGUGUAUUCCCCUCAUCUUAAUUUCACCUGUGAAUUCAUUCUUAAUAAAUAUCAUGAACCUAUGAGAAAGCUUAUUAAUAGUAGAUGAGGAACAUGCUCACACAUAGUUUAGAAAUAAGAAAUAUCCUGGAAAUUCAUUUGGAGGUACUGAAAAAGACAAGAGUCUUUAUGUCAAGCAAAUACAAAAAAUAUUAGAAUAUUCACAAAAAAUUCCAGAAGGCUCAGAAAAUUAGGAUCUUAGAAAAUGUAACAGGUUAUAUUGAACACAUCCAUACAUAAUAUAAUUUCCCCUUGCUUAAAAAAGGAACUAAAAUUCUGAGUGAUAACAUUAAGUUGUUUUCCAUAUUUGUGUUUGUAGAAACAUGACAUGUUUAGCAGAAUCUUUAGUACACCAGGGCCCUGCUUUAAAUUGAUUAUGUCUAAUUUCUGUCAGUUGGCGUGUCAGGGAUGUUGAAAGCAUCAGGCAAUUGUAAGUUAGAUGUCUGGAAUAGCCCUUUACUAUCUGGAAACUGCAACCAAUUGGAAAGAUUCUGGAAAUUCCAGUUACACAAGUUCAUUGGAUCUAGGCCCCACUAGUUGAUGACUUAUUGUUGAAAUAAUGAGAUAAUUAUUCCAAAUAUUUCACAGAGAUUUAAUGUGAUAUUGUAGAAUUUUGAAUUAUAGACAAUAAAAAUAAAUCUCAUCUUCUACCCCUAACACAAUAUGAUUGUCUCCAUUCUAUAACCAGUUACACACAUAAUUCUUGUCUAUGGUACAGCAAGCAUAUGGUGAUGGUGGACAGAAUAGAUCCAGGUAGAUUCACCCUUGGAGUUAUGUGGAAGAGGACACAUGAAGAGUUUGAAAAGUGAAAAUCAUUUGCUUACUGAAAAUCACCAUAUCACAUUUGAAGAGCAAGGAAUCAGAGGCUCUAGAUUUGGAACGUACAGUAUCUGUGGAAGAGCAUUGUAAGGACCACACUAUCUGCCAUACUACAGGGGCCUCAAGGGCUUUCCUAGAGCAACUUCCAGUUCACUUUUUGUAACCCAGCACAACUAAGACAGUACCAUGCAGGCAAAGGAAACUUCUGUUUAGCUUCAGGACUCCUUGUGGGACAGUGUGAGGAUGGGAAACUUGGAGUAGGUGGGAAAAAUCAUUACUUGAAUGAAAUUGAUAUUCUGACGGGAGAACUCAGAAAAGGGACUGAGAACCUGAAGGAAGGAGGGAUCAGAAACCUAUCCCUUUUCCGGAAGAUCCUAGAAGCAGCGUGGAGUGGAAUAAGGAGUGGAAGAAGUGUCCCCCGUCCGUGUUCCCCAGCCCCCCUCCCGUGCCUUUGAGGGGGAAUUUCAGACCUAGCCACUACUUCCUACAUAGGGUGGUGCUCUAGUCCAUUGUUCUUCUAGGAUCUGCAGUUUCCUUAGAGGCUCUAGCCACCUGCUGAGCAAAGGACCUGUUCUGCAGAGAGUUUUCAGCCUUUGGGGGAAGGGUUCCACUCCACCCACCACUCCACCCACCUAUAUUUUUGGAGACCCCCCCCCCAUUAAACCUCUAGCCUUGAUCAGAAAAUUUGUCUUGGCCUGUUAGUUCCUUUGCUCACCUGUCCUUGCAGGUGACCUUGGUUCCUCUAGACGCAGGUGUCUACAGGAAGACACUUUUAUCUCACAGCACUAAAAAUAUUCCUUGAUCUGCAUUUCCUGCACAUUUCGGCCUUGAAAAAAGUAUCAGUCUCCCCAUUUUGGGUGGAAUUGCAUCAAAGUACCCAUGAAACAUCCCAGGGUACAGGAGAGUUUGCUUACUAGACAGACAAGAACUGGACUAUCACUGAGACUAGUUUCUCUCCUGUUCACUGACCCUCAAAUCCUCAGGUCCAUAUCUUAACUGUGUUGGUAGCCUACUAACUAUGCAAGUGUGACUCAUUCUGAUUUUUUAAAUUCUCCUUAUUAUCACUAGGAUAUUUGCAUAAUGAUCUAUACGUGGAAGUUCUUGUCUGUUUGCAAAUAUGGUCAUAUUUGCUUGGUGGCAGGUACAAAGCUUGUAUAUGUGUGUGGUGUGUGUGUGUGUGUGUGUACACACACACACAUAUGUAGUUUACAUCCAUCUAUGGUUUCUAACUCCCCUGUUUUAUCGCUGGGCUAGUAAAGAGAGUGGCCUUUGCUGUUGGAGAUUUUUCAUUCCUAGUGAGCUUUUUAGAUCUUAGUCCCUUAAAAACCACUGGAAUUUGAUGGAAUGUCUUAGCUGUCUUUAAAGUUAUGGUUGUAUAAACAUAGAUUAAGCUAGGAAAAACUCCAUAUUUAUUUCCCAUCUGAAAUAUAUGAGCUGUCAGUUGUAAAUACAGCAUUCAGAAAUAUGUCUUCAUAUACUGAUUUAUUACUGUUAUACCUUAGAAUCUUUAAAACACUUUAUCUAUGCACGCUGUUAGAUGAUAUUAGGCCACAAUGUUUUUCUAGUUUGAAAAUGUAAUAUACAUUAAGAUAACAAUAGAGAUCAAAAUUCAGAUAAUCCUGAUCAGGUAACUACGUGAAAAAUUCUGUGUCUUUUUUCUCCAUACAAAAUAGUGCCUUGUUCCCAUGCAUACAAGGCUAAGGUGGCCUGCUGCUGAUUGCUUUUGAUUUGUGGUCUUGAAAAUGCAUCUUUUUCCCUCUAUCAUUCAGAAGUCACCUAGUAUAUAAUGUGAGGUCUUAAGAAACAACUUUCUGACUCUGCCUUUUAGUACUGGGGUUAAGUCAGUGCAAGAAUAGAUCUGGCUCAGACACUCACCUUUCUAGGUUAUUUUUACAAUUUCUUAACAGUCAACUCAAGAGGAUGGUCAUUACCUAGAAUCUGCUCAGCUGGCUUUGAACUGAGAUUGGAAGAUUUAGAACUGUAGGCGUGUGGGAUUUUUCCUGUACUUCUUAGUCCUUGUGUUUUCAGAGAAAACCACCCUGCAAGUUGAUGAGCAUUUUAUAAAUGAAUGUUAGAUCUCACAGAGCAAAAAUGUGAUCUCAGAAAGGAAGAGAACAUUGCAUGAGCCUUAGCCUAUUCUUCAAGUUGGUGAUUACUGGAGGUAUAAUUCAUCCUUCAUAUUUUGUUCCACGGAAACUUCAGGAACUCAGUACAGUACACUCAUUCAAAUUAUUUAAUUCCAUUUGCACCUUUAUUUGAAUGACCUCUGAUUAGAAGUGAUGGGUCUCAAGUUAUUCUAACUAAAACUGUUCCACAAAAAUUUUUUCUCAUCUGAAACUGGAUGUGAGCUGAGGAAAUUUGUGCAGAAUUGUGGUUGUUUCUCUUUUUCAGUUGAGCAAAGCACUUUUAGAAGUUGAGGUACUUUCUCUAGAAUAUAUUUCUCAUGUGGAAGGCUCACUGAUAAGGAUGACUUUUUCAACUGAGAAGCAAAACAAAGAUGCUUGUCAGGUGCUGUGAAAGGAGACAAUUACAGGUAUUUUUCAGGUUUGAGAUAGGGAUGAUCAGCCUUUCAGGAGCCUGGGAAGGAAAUGUGCACGUUCUCUUGGAGGCUGUUGUGAGGGUAUACCAGUUCAUUGAGGUGUUUUUAUUUUUUUAAUUAAUUAAUUAAUAUUUAGAUUUUAAUAGGAAAUUUGUUCAGUUUCCAAAGCACAUGGUAGCCAAUAACCAUCCUUAAUGUCAGUUUUGGACAUCUGAUGCCUUUUUCUGAGUGCAGUUGGCAACAGACAUAGAGAGUACAUACAAAUUCUCUGACAACCUAUAAGCCUCAGCUAACAUAAAAAAAUAUCUGUUGAGAAAGUGUGGAAGCAAAGAUGGUACAAGUUUGUUUCCACAUUCUUUCUAUGUAUACUUGAUUCUGUAUGAAUCUAUUUUACAUAAUCUCAAAACUUUCCUAAUGUUCAUGUGAUUGACUUUCUACGUACGUAUUAAUAUUAGGGAAAUUUUACUUUAUUGGACUGACUAUCAGUGUUGAUGUUACUAUACCCUUGAUAACAGUAUUAAAUGAUUUUUAUUAUGAUUGUAGCAUAUUGUAACAUCAGGAAAAUUCAUGUUUCCUGAUUUUUUUCCCCUGGAAGACAUAGAAGAUUCUUCAAACACUACCUAUUUUUUGUUCCAUUUUUCCAUUUCCAUAAUGACUUUUAUAAAAAUUGUUUGGUAUCUGCACAAACUUGUAAAAUGUCUCGAUUGACUUGCUUUCUUUUUUUUGUUUUGGUUUUUGUUUUUGUUUUUGUUUUCCGGUUUUUUGGAUUUCGUUUUUUCAAGACAGGGUUUCUCUGUAUAGCCCUGGCUGUCCUAGAACUCACUCUGUAGACCAGGCUGGCCUCGAACUCAGAAAUCCGCCUGCCUCUGCCUCCCAGAGUGCUGGGAUUACAGGUGUGCGCCACCACCGCCCAGCUCGACUGACUUUCUAUUGCUAUCUUCUGUUGUAUUCCUCAGACAAUAGUCAAUAACUUCCACUAUUCUAAUUUAAAUAUUCAUUUUUAUUCUAAUCUGGAUGCUUUUGAACUCUGCUUUCUUAAAAUUACAUAUCAUUUUAGCAUUCCUUUUUAUAUUUUGCCAAAAUGGUUCAUUCCUGCUGAAACAUUUUUUACCAUCUCUACAUAAUAAAAACCUUCCUUUUCAGUUGUGCACUAUGUUCAUUGAGAACAUUCUAUGGGUAGAACAUGGUGGUGUGAAGGAGGCCUACUGAUUUCUUAGAGUCAAAUGUUAAUCCAGCCACUUUGCUAAAAUGUUUAUGAACUGUAAUUUUCUGGUAGAAUUUGUUGGUUCACACAUGUAUACUGUCAUAUUAUCUGAAAAUUAUGAUACUUUGACUUCUUCCUUUCCUAUUUAUAUCCUAUUCGUCUCCUUUGGCUGUCUUAUUGCUGUAGCUAGAACUUCAAGUAGUAUAUUGGAAGAGUCGGCUGCCUUGUACCUAAUUUUAGUGGAAAUGCUUUAAGUUUCUUUCCAUUUAAUUAGUAUUUGGUUUUGGUUUGCUGUAUAUCAUCUAUAUUGUGCUUAGAUAUGACCACUGUAUCCCAUCUCUCUCCAAUAUUUAUCAAAAAGGGGUGCUGUAUUUUGUCAAAAAUAUUUUUUGGCAUGCAGUGAGAUAUUUAUAUGGUGUAUUCCUUUCCAUUUUUGUUUUAAAAUCAUAUUAUUAUUGGGAUGGCUACUCCUUGUUGUCUACUUGACUACAUCUGGAAUGUAAUAACAUCCAGAAAUAGAGGGAACAUCUGUGGUCCAGAUCUGAUUCACUAAGACAUAGGCUUCUGGCCCAGAACUUGACAUUUGAUGACACGUGCUUUUAAUCUAUAUCUUGAGGCAUGGUGGCCAUGACAAGCUUAGGUGUCAGGAGCCAUCACAGGACAUGACAAUGUGUCAUAGUAUCAUUGGAAAAGCUGGCGAUCUUCCUGAAGUGACUUCACCUUAAACAAGGUAAUUUAUCAUGGGGCUUCAGUAGACAGGGUACAGGAUUAAAUGAUUUUAGGAAAGAUUAUUACUAUUAAUGUACUUUUUCUAUUACUAUUAAACAUAUAUAACAGUCACUGGUGUCAACCAUUCCUUUAAUAUCAAUAUUGUUUA